UUGUUUCAGGUGGGACCCACCCCCGUCUCGUCGUCCUCUUCCUCUCCCGCCGCCGCCGGCGUCUCAUUCUCCCCGGCCACCUGCCGCCGGUCUCAUCCUUCGCCGCCGAUUCUCACCUCGCCGGCGUAAGUGCUCGCGUCGGUCCAGAUCCAGGUCGAGGAUUUCCCCAACCCCUCCUAACCGCACGCGUUUUCUCCCCUCGUCUCAAAGCCGUGCCAUGCCCCCUUCUCUCUGAUCUGAUCCCAGGUUAGGCUAGGAGGUCGCCAUGGCGGGGAGACCCAGCAUCCCCACCAACAGCUCCGCCCUCAUCGCCAUCAUCGCCGACGAGGACACAGUGACUGGUUUUUUGUUGGCUGGAGUUGGCAAUGUUGAUCUGAGGAAAAACACAAAUUAUCUUAUUGUUGAUAACAAAACCACAGUUAAACAAAUUGAAGAUGCAUUUAAGGAGUUCACUACAAGGGAGGACAUUGCAAUUGUACUCAUCAGUCAAUAUGUUGCAAAUAUGAUUAGAUUCCUGGUGGAUAGUUACAAUAGACCAGUUCCUGCUAUAUUGGAGAUCCCAUCCAAGGAUCAUCCAUAUGACCCAGCUCAUGAUUCUGUCCUUUCUCGUGUGAAGUACCUGUUUUCUGCUGAAUCUGUGGCAUCAGAUAGGCGAUGAAAACUGGUUGUGUUGUUGCAACACAGGGGUCCUACUUUAUUGGAGCAUUCGCCCUUUGAAAGUAUUCAUUCUGUGCCUAUUGUAAACACCAUUUUCUGUAAAAAAUAAAGCAUGUUGAACUACAACAAAAAUAAAGAUGACUUUCAUGUUGUGUUGUUUCUGAA